CAAACUUCCCUCUCCCUCCCACCGCCAACUGUUAAAUCUCGAACGCGCUUGUCGGCUUCUUCGGCUUCCUUCCCCCUCCAUCGCCUUUGAGACAAUUCCCGUGUUGAUGCUGAUUAUUCCCUCUCUCGCUGGAACUUUAUUAUGCGCCUCCGACAUUUUGUGCCAUUGCAGCUGUGAUCUAUGAGAAGUGAUGGAUCUCUCUCGGCAGGAGUAUCCGGCGCUGCUGGCCUCUUUGCAGCCCAGUCAAGCGACUAAUGUGCUUAACGAGCGCAUUCGCACCAUAAACAAAAUCAAUGCGGACAUUGCGGACUGGCUCCAGGAACGUCGACGCAUUGAAGAAGUAUAUGCUCAAGGCUUAAGGAAGCUUGCGCAUCGCCCACAAUUAGACAAUGGAGCUGCGCUGGGUAUAUUUCAGAUCCCGUGGCAACGCAUUGUUGGUGCCACUGAAUCCAUAGCGCUCUCCCAUGAAACCUUCGCGCAAAAGAUCGAUGAGGACGUUGAACGACCUCUACGGGAUUAUAACAGCAAGAGCCGUGAAUUGUCAUCAAUGCCUGGAAUUCAGAGUGAUCUUGCAGCUUUGGCCAAGAAUUACGAGACGGCGCAGAAAAAGGUUGAAAAGGCUAGGGAGAAGGGUCCGAAGGGCGCGGACAAACUAGCCAGUGCCGUGGCUGCUGCCGAAGAGAUCAGUCAGCAGUGGGAUUCAAGAGCACCAUUUGUCUUUGAGCAACUUCAGGCGGCUGAUGAGGGUCGCCUCAACCACCUAAGAGACGUUUUGACUCAACUGCAAACCCAUGAGUCUGAUCAGGUGGAACGCAGCCGCCAGGCGGCUGAGAGUUGCUUGAAUGUUCUUUUAAAUGUCGAGACUGCGGAUGAAAUAAAAACUUUUGCGGCCAAAGUCAACGGAGGAAGACCAGUUGCUCCACGGAGGCAGCAAACCUCACCUCCUGUCGCACCAUUGUCACCUCCGCCGCACCUCCAGGAUGAUGCUGCCAGCCAGCGCUCGGAAACGUCUGGACCAGCCAGAGCGCCUCCCGCUCCUGAGCCUCGUCACAGCACUCCUCUUGGAGGGUUGAAAAGAUUAGGUACGGUGAUGAAUCGACGUCGCAGUAUCGUACAACCCUCUGGCGGUGGCCCUUUCUUCUCAGACAAGAAGCAUCGGAGCCCAUUCGCUUCCUUUAAAAGAGGGGACUCGCGCGAUUUGCAGAUCCCAGAGACGCCUCCAGAAGGAUCUGACCGUCCUGGUACUGCUUUGACUUCGCAGGAGGGUCCAUCUGAAUCAUUGAACAUUCCAGGCGAAUUCCCAGAACAUGAAGACUUUAACAGAACGGCGCCGAGUCCAGUGUCGCAGCCAGCAGCUGCUUCUGCCAAUGGAGAUAUCUCCCAUGAAACCCCCGCAGAGGAGAAUUCAACCGUACCGAACGAACCACGAGUAGACUCAGAGGGUUUCUCGGAGCGGCCAGAUACUAUCGACGAGAUCACAAGGGCUCAAAGAGAAGCGGCUGGUUUGGAAGAAAGUGGCAUUAACUUGACCAUUCGUGACCAGCCGAUCUUCGAGGACGAAGAUCAGGCUAAGCAGGCGAUGGAUGACAUGGCCAAUCAACUAAGAAUUCGAGCCCAACAAUCCGGAGCCAGACGCAAUGCAGGAACUUUGCGCGGCCGUCGUGAUGUCCGUAACACGGUUUUCAUUCCCAAUCCUGUCCCCGGGAACGAGAAUCCUGUCACACCCUCGGCAUCAGAUCCCCCUGUGCCACUGUCUCCCUCAGCGCCACUGAGGCACGUCAAUUCGCCUACUAACGCCAGCGAUGACCAUGCACUCUCCGACACCACGUCCAUUCGAUCGGGACAUACAUUGCACAACGCAGCAGGCGUUGUCGCCCAUCCUGAUCUACACGGACCUGGUCUUAAUGCCUCGAUAAUUGAUACUGUCAGUGCGUGGUUCUCUGAAGGAAUGGUAACAAAGACACACGUUGUUGGCGAACUUGCUCUUGCCUACAACCCCAUUCCUGACACGCAAGCGGAAAGUGCUCGGGUGCGACUUGACAAUUUCCAAAUCCUGGAGAAAGUUGCCGCCAACCCACACUUCGUGAGCGAAGAAAAGAACAAGGAGCUCUCAGAUGAGCAAAGAGGUCAGUACAAGAUCAAUCUCACUGGCAUCACUCGGCCUUCUCCGACCGUGGCCUUCAAAUAUCAAAUCCACUUUGAUCCAGCAAACGCCUCGAGCUAUUGCCCAGUCAUCUUCAAACCAGUCUGGAACAUAGAGGAGAUGCAAGCCAGUGUUAUCAUAUUUUACUCUGCCAACCCCACGUUCCCAGCUGGAAGGUCGAUCAGCGUCAAAAAUCUACUCUUGACUGUUAACCUUGAUACCUCACCGGUCGAAGACCGAGAAGUGGCUCAUGCCACAGCUGCUGUCAUGUAUCCUAAUACUGGGGCCACGUUCCGACGCAAGCAAUCGGCGGUGACUUGGAGGCUUCCUGAACUGGACGUCACAGCAGGAUCUGAUGGCAAGUUUCUCGUCCGGUUCUCGACAGGAGCGAGUGGGCCGCGGAAGGGCAAGGUGGAUGCACGAUUUGAAGUGCACAGGAUCGAAGAUGGGACGCAAUUAGGAAUCAGCACAGCUUCUUUCCCCGAGCAGAAUCCACAGAAGAGUACCGAUCCUUUUGCGGAUGACGAUUCGGGGGCACAAAUUCCGAGUGCGGAUUCGUCUACCGAAUGGAAGACAGUUCCAACCGUGCGCAAAUUAGUAGCGGCGAAGUACGUCUCAUCCUAAAGUUGAAGGCGUGACGACUCGUGGCUUGUGGAGUCUCCAAUGCCUAUGUACAAUGAACCUUUGGCUUAAGCAUCUCCGACGGGCACAUGAAAUUUAGCACUGCACUUUGCAGUUGCUGCAAAGGCUGUUAAAACAUUUUCCAUGCCGUUGCGAAUACACAAUUGGCUGGUAUUGUCUUUGGACCGCAAACCUCCCCUUUGGUUGCCCGCUCCGCUCCCUUACAUUUGUUCACUAUAUCAAUGUCUUUGUUUGCCAUGUCAUUAUUCCCUCAACAUUCCUUUUAUUCUAGCUUCAUCCCUGCUGGACUUCUGGUGGUGUAAAAACAUCCUUGAUUUUUUUGACGCAACAGUAAUAAUGCCUAAUACCUUGUAAAUACCCAAGUUUGUCCUUGUACCGCUCAUUUGAUAUUUGCAUGAAAUAAAGAUGACUAAGGGGCUGUGAAUAAUUCUAUGAAUUCGG